CCUUUCCUCGUCGGGGGCGGACGCGCCGACUUUCGGAGAGUCGGGGAAAAUGAAGAAAAGAACUCAAAAUAAAAUUGAAAAAACAAAAAAACAUUUCAUAAACGAAAUGAAAUAAAAACGAAAAUGUUUGAAAAAAACAAAAAGAUAAGUAACUGAAACUACGUUUUAUGUUUAUAAAAGUAACUAAAGCUAAUCGAACAUGAUUUCAAACGGAUUUAUUCCAGAACGGCGGAACGAGGAAUGUCUGACAUGUUUUGCGCAGCGCAACGCCGCCCGCCGCAGACCCGCCACCCAUUUGAUGGGAUCCCGCUUCUGUCGCCGAGCCAAACAAACGAGUGCAAAAAAAAAUCAGCAUUUCUAAUCCGUCCGUCCGGCGGAACGUCAUUUCGAGCUGACUAAUGGCGAGAAGGUUAUGAGAGCGUGCCGGCGGAUAGCGUUUGCUCACGUCCGUUCGCAGGCGAGCGUGCCGGUGGCUAACGUCUGUUCCCCGGCGAGCAUGCCGGCGGAUAGCGUUUGCUCACGUCCGUCCGUUUGCAGGCGAGCGUGCCGGUGGCUAACGUUUGCUAAUGCGACCAUGCUGGCGGAGCUCGUGUGUCUGCACGUGUUCGCCCUGCGGUUGAUCCACUACGCCAAGGUGAUCCCCCGAGACAAGUUCUGGAAGGACCCCAAGAACAUCUGCAUGAUUGCCAUCCUGGCGCUGACACUGGUGGACAUGAUCAUCUACGGUGCGCUGCACGCCGCCGGCUUUUACGCCCUCCGCUGGUCACGAGUGCUGCGGCCGCUCCUAUUGGUCAACGUGACAGAGGGCCGGCAGCUGCGCAGGGCCAUCAGGAGCAUCCGCAACGCCCUCCCUCAGAUUUUGUCGGUGUUCCUGCUCUUCAUCUUCAGCAUCCUCAUCUUCUCACUGAUGGCACUCAAACUCUUUAGCAAGCGCGGCCUGACGACGGCGGACGGCGCUCCGUACUUCUCCAAUUACGCCGACGCCGUGUUCGAGCUCUACGUGCUGGUCACCACGGCCAACAGCCCCGACGUCAUGAUGCCGGCGUACGACGCCAGCUCGGCCUUCGCCGUCUUCUUCAUCGUCUACAUCCUGGUCAACACGUACAUCUUCAUGUCCGUCUUCCUCGCCGUCGUCUUCAACAACUACAAGAAGUACUUGAAGGAGGAGGUGCGGCAGUUGGUGCGGGCCAAGCGGCACAAGAUGGCGCGCGCCUUCGCCGUGCUGCUGGAACGUCCCGAGGAUGGCGGCGAAGGCGAAGGCCGAGGCGUGCCGCUGGUCAGCCGCGCCAGCUGGAACCGCCUCGUGCGAUCGGUCCAGCCCGACAUCAGGCGCGCCCACACGGAGCUGCUGUGGAGCGUCUCGGACGACGACAACCGCGGCGCCAUCGACGAGCGGUCGUUCGUGCAGCUGGCCGACCUUCUCAACAUCGAGGUGAUCACGCUCAAGUCCAGGCCGCACCCGCUCGACCGCCUGUGCCCCGCCCUCUACCGGUCGGCGCCCAGCCGCCUCGUCUGCCGAUCGGUCCGGCACAGGGCCUUCGCGGUGGCGUACGACGUCGUCAUCCUGAUCAACGCCGUUUUCAUCGGGCUGGACGAGGAGCAGCCGAUGAUCGGCAAUUCCGAGUGGGCCUUCCUGGCUCUCUACCUGCUGGAGAUCCUCCUCAAACUUUACGUCAUCGAACCCAGAACCUUCUUCUCGGCGCACAGCUUCUGGAACUGGUUCGACACGAUCAUCGUGGUCUGCGCGCUCAUUGCCACCGUCAUCAACGCCGCCUUCGAGUCAUCGGGCAGGUACACCAGCCGCCAGAUCCUGGACAUCGUUUUCAUCCUGCGAGUGCUGCGACUCAUCCGAGUGGUGGACAGCAUCAAGAGGUUCCGCACCAUCAUGAACACACUGAUCCGGAUCGGACCGGCCAUCCUCACCUUUGGACAACUCAUCCUGGUGGUCUUCUACGUGUUCGCCAUGGUCGGCAUGGAGCUGUUUGCGGGCAAGGUGAAGUUCUAUGAGGAUGCGGGCGACCCGGCGAGGGCCGACUGCGGGAACGCGCUGCUGCGAGGGAGCGCCUUCGCCCGGCUCGGCUACUGCAAGAACAACUUCAACGACGUCGUCGCCGCCUUCGUCCUCCUCAUGCAGCUCACCGUCGUCAACCAGUGGCACAUCCUGAGCAGCGGCUUCACGGCCGUCACGCACAAGUCGGCCAGGAUCUACUUCGUGCUCUUCCACGUCGUCGUCGUCAUCGUCAUCAUCAACAUCUUCGUGGCAUUCGUGUUGGAGGCCUUCUUCCUCGAGUACUCGCUGGACAAGAGCGACCUGCACACCGAGCUCGAGAAGAAGAUUGAGCAGCUCCAGCUCGGAGUGGCGCAGGACGCGAUGGAGGACAACCUGGUGGGCGCCAUGGAGACGAGUGACCACGAGCAGCCCGCCGAGCAGUUGGAGAGCAGCAAGCACAAGCUCAUGUUCAAAAUCGCCUCCAAAAGGUAUCGAACCGUGGACGCGUUGCUGCAGCGCCUGUUCGAGGCCGACUUGGAGCGGGAAGACGACGGCGCUGGCGACACCGCUGACGUUCACAACGGCAAUGGAAACUUCGCCAACCCGUCCUUCGGCGCCGCGUAAAUGAUGUUUAUGAAUAAAGUUUGAUUUUCCCA